AUGUUUAAUCUUCCAUGGCUUGUUUUUUCUCUCGUUGUAACUUUAGCUUCUUUUUCUUUUUGUGAAGGAGACUAUGUCUCUUAUGAUUCAAAUGCCAUAAUUAUCAAUGGCGAACGACGUGUGAUCCUGUCGGGUUCAAUGCAUUAUCCACGCAGCACUGAAGCAAUGUGGCCUGAUCUUAUUCAAAAAGCUAAAGAUGGUGGACUUGAUGCAAUCGAGACAUACAUUUUUUGGGAUCGCCAUGAACCUCAACGACGAAAAUAUGAUUUUUCUGGACGGCUAGAUUUUAUCAAAUUUUUUCAACUCAUUCAAGAUGCUGGACUAUAUGUCGUGAUGAGGAUUGGUCCUUACGUGUGUGCAGAAUGGAACUAUGGAGGCUUUCCAUUGUGGUUGCAUAAUAUGCCAGGAAUCCAAUUUCGAACUGACAAUCAAGUCUACAAGAAUGAAAUGCAAACUUUUACAACAAAGAUAGUGAACAUGUGUAAACAAGCCAAACUCUUUGCAUCCCAAGGAGGACCAAUAAUAUUAGCUCAAAUUGAGAACGAGUAUGGAAACGUGAUGACACCAUAUGGAAAUGCAGGAAAAGCAUAUAUCAAUUGGUGCGCUCAAAUGGCUGAAUCUCUUGAUAUUGGUAUUCCAUGGAUCAUGUGUCAACAAAGUGAUGCCCCACAACCUAUCAUUAAUACAUGCAAUGGGUUCUAUUGUGAUUAUGGCUUCAGUCCUAACAAUCCUAAGAGCCCAAAAAUGUUCACUGAAAAUUGGGUGGGAUGGUUCAAGAAAUGGGGUGACAAAGACCCAUAUAGAAGUGCAGAAGACGUAGCUUUUUCUGUGGCAAGAUUUUUUCAAUCUGGUGGUGUGUUUAAUAAUUAUUACAUGUAUCAUGGAGGCACAAACUUUGGAAGAACAUCAGGAGGUCCAUUCAUCACUACGUCUUACGAUUACAAUGCCCCACUUGAUGAAUACGGAAAUUUGAACCAACCCAAAUGGGGACAUCUUAAACAACUUCAUGCAUCCAUCAAAAUGGGAGAGAAGAUUCUUACUAACAGCACCCACUCAGACCAAAAAAUUAGUAGCUUUAUAACCUUAACAAAAUUCUCUAACCCAACAACAGGGGAGAGAUUUUGCUUUUUAAGCAACACAGAUAACAAGAAUGAUGCUACCAUAGAUUUGCAAGCAGAUGGAAAAUAUUUUGUACCAGCGUGGUCUGUGAGCAUUCUCGACAGUUGCAACAAAGAGGUAUUCAAUACUGCAAAGAUCAAUUCUCAAACAUCUAUGUUUGUAAAGGUGCAGAAUAAGAAAGAAAAUGCUCAAUUCUCGUGGGUUUGGGCUCCAGAGCCCAUGAGAGAUACUCUACAAGGAAAAGGUACAUUUAAGGCAAACCUUCUCUUGGAACAAAAAGGAACGACCGUUGAUUUCAGCGACUAUUUGUGGUACAUGACGAAUAUUGACUCAAAUACAACAUCUUCACUUCAAAACGUAACUCUCCAAGUGAAUACAAAAGGUCAUAUGCUUCAUGCCUUUGUGAAUAGAAGGUACAUUGGGUCACAAUGGAGAAAUAAUGGUCAGAGCUUUGUAUUUGAGAAACCUAUUCUAAUAAAGCCGGGGACCAACACCAUAACCCUUUUGAGUGCCACAGUAGGAUUGAAAAAUUAUGAUGCAUUUUAUGACACUGUACCAACUGGAAUUGAUGGAGGUCCCAUUUAUCUAAUUGGAGAUGGAAAUGUCACAAUUGAUUUGUCAUCAAAUUUAUGGUCCUAUAAGGUUGGAUUAAAUGGAGAAAUGAAGCAACUUUACAACCCGGUGUUCUCACAAAGAACAAAUUGGAGGGCGAUAAAUCAAAAGUCUAUUGGAAGGAGAAUGACAUGGUACAAAACAAGCUUCAAGACACCUCCAGGAACUGACCCUGUAACAUUGGACAUGCAAGGAAUGGGAAAAGGUCAAGCUUGGGUAAAUGGACAAAGCAUAGGUCGUUUUUGGCCUUCUUUCAUUGCUGGCAAUGAUAGUUGCAGUACAACAUGUGACUAUAGAGGUGCAUACAACCCUAGCAAAUGUGUUGAAAAUUGUGGGAAUCCUUCGCAGAGAUGGUAUCACAUUCCAAGAUCGUUUUUAUCAGAUGACACAAACACGUUAGUUUUAUUUGAAGAAAUCGGUGGAAAUCCUCAACAAGUCUCAGUUCAAACAAUCACUAUAGGAACUAUAUGUGGAAAUGCUAAUGAAGGAAGCACAUUAGAGUUGUCUUGUCAAGGAGGACACAUCAUCUCCGAAAUUCAGUUUGCUAGCUAUGGAAAUCCAGAGGGAAAAUGUGGUUCAUUCAAACAAGGCUCGUGGGAUGUAAUAAACAGCGCUAUUUUGGUGGAAAAGAUUUGCAUUGGAAUGGAAAGUUGUUCUAUUGAUGUAUCUGCAAAGUCAUUUGGAUUAGGCGAUGUUACAAACCUAUCUGCAAGACUAGCCAUUCAAGCACUAUGCUCAAAGAAUUAA